ACUUCAUAGAAUGCUGGGUAAUGCAACUGAGAAUACGCCAUUUUGGACAAUUUUAUCGUUAUUCCCGCCUAUAAAUAGUUUCAUAUCAAUUUAUCGACAUUGAAAUCUUUAUUUAUGUCAUAAAUCUGUGUUUUAUAUGUACUCCUUGUAGACGAAAAUCAAAGACAUGUCCUGAAAUCAACGCAACUACCAGAUUGCAGUCAAAACUAUUUCAAGCUAGUCCACUGCCCAAGUAGUCAACAUGUUUUGGAAAUUCAAUUUGAUGAGCACAUCACAAAUCGACACUAUUCUAGAUGGACCCGAUGUGACCUUGUACACGCUGCUUGAUCAGGAAGACAUUCUACAAGAAUGCAAGGCACAGAACAGAAAAUUGAUAAGCUUUCUGGUGAAAGAGGAGAACAUAAAGGAGUUGGUACGGCUCAUUACUGAAGAACCACCAGAAGAUAUUGAGGAAAAGAAAAGAUUCAAGUACCCAAACACUGCCUGUGAGCUGUUGACCUCUGAUGUGCCGGCCAUCAACGAGGCACUGGCCGAGACGGAGGAGAACAUUCAGAAGCUCUACGACUUCCUGGACUCUGAGACCACCCUCAACCCGCUGCUUGCCAGUUUCUUCAGCAAAGUCAUGGGCCUGCUCAUAGCCAGGAAGAGUGAGAUGACAUUGGAAUUCCUUAAAAACCGUGACGACUUUGUUGGUGUGCUGUUAAAACAUAUUGGAACCUCCGCCAUUAUGGAUCUCCUGCUUCGUUUGCUCACCUGUAUAGACUCCCUGGAUGUUAAAAAAGCUAUGAUUGAGUGGUUGAAUAAAAAGAAUCUUGUACAGCGAUUAAUUGCCUGCCUGACACCUGAGUAUGAUGAAGACAUUCACAGUAACGCAGCCCAAAGUCUGACAGACAUCAUUCGUCUUGGUAGAGAACAGAUAGUCAAUCAGCAGGACAAUGCAGAACUCCUUACAGCAGUGGAACAAGAAGAAAAUAUACAGCAAUUACUUGACAACAUGUUGACCAGCCAAAGAUGCGAGUCGGUCAUAGUCAAUGGCCUCUCAGUCAUACAGACACUUCUGGAAUUCAAGAAACAAGGCUUGACCACUUACACAUUUUACAGCCCCGAGGAUUCCGGUGAACAAAUGCAAACUGUAGACCCAGAACAGUUGUCCCACGGUGUCAACAGUGUGCUCACAGCAAUCUGCCCCCGCUUGAAGGACUUCCAUGCCAUACUCUUGGAGCCCCCAAAGCAAAUGUUCAGUGACAUGCCCACCACUGUGGGCCCCCUAACUCCCCCUCUGGGCAACACCCGGUUACAGAUCAGCCGCCUCAUAGCCACCCUACUCCUAACUAAUAAGCCUUCAAUAAAUACUGAACUGGCACAGUUGGGGACCAUUAGUGUUUUAUUAGAUUUAUAUUUCAGUUUUAUUUGGAAUAAUUUCUUGCAUGCUCACGUGACUCAGUGCUUGUACACUAUACUCAACAACCCUCCGUUGGAAGUUGAAGGUGCAAAGCAUUGCCCACUUUUGAGCCAGUUGUUUUUAGAAUGUAAAAUGGUUGAACGAAUAUUGAAUGAAUGGGAGUCAAAUGACCAACAACAAGGUUCAGGGGGUGGACGGCGUAAAGGCUUCAUGGGACAUUUAACGCGGAUCGCAAACGAUGUGGUUCACGCUCAGGAAUCGGGGGAAAACGCAGAGGCAAUCAAGUCAAUUGUUAGUGAAUUACCAGAACAACUAAAGGAACGAUGGGUCACAUUUUUAUCUGGUGCUCUAGCAGACACAAAUAAGAAAAAUCAAAUACAAUUGGUACAAGGUCACAAUCUGGCUUCAUCAAGUGAGGAUGACGAUGCAGAUUUCAGCAACAUUCCAUUCCCCCAGGACACAGCUAUGCAACAGGCGUUCUCUGAUUAUCAGCUGCAACAGAUGACAUCCAACUUCAUUGAUCAGUUUGGCUUCAAUGAGGAUGAGUUUGGUGAACAGGAAGAGAAAACGGAUUCUCCAUUUACUGACAAGAUAUCCAGCAUUGAUUUCAGUAAUGUCAAUGAAGACUUGUCUCGGACGGAUGCCACGAAGUUUGAGCAGUAUUGUAACGAGCGUCUGGAGCAGUUUGACAAUGACAGUGAUGAGGACAUCUGGGAGGAGAAAGAAAUCACUUUCUCUCCAAACGCACAGCAAAAACAACGCUCUGAGCGGUUACCGGUUGCCAGUGGUAGCAGCAACGACAGUGACAACAGCACCGAGAGUGAGGAGGAGCUGGAUAGCCCGGAGCGUAUCGUACAGCAACCCACCACCCCUGCAGAGAAGAUGGAUAUUGACUCCAAUGAAGCAUGGACUGCCAACUUCGAGCAGCAGUCGGCCCCAGCUGUGGGCGCAGAGGGAGGUCCCAUCGCCAUGGAUACCUCACCCUGGGACUCUGCUGAUAAGCCCGCCCCAGAGGACAACUGGGCGGACUUCUCCAAAUCCGCGCCAGGUCAGCCCAUGAGUGAUGCAAAGUGGGCAGAGUUCAGCAACAAAAUGUCAGACAAAGCACGGCAGAAACAGGAGUGGGCAGACUUUACUAGUUUUGAUGACGAAAAAAAGAGUGGUAACUUGGAGAGAAGCAGUUCACCUGUUGACAUGGAUACCACAGAACCAACCUCAAGGAUCAACAGUUACAUUUCCAGUGCCAACAGCCCAAAGAAAGACGACCUUGUACUAGAAAGUAUUGACGCUGACCUGGGCACGGACGUCGAUACGCUAGUUGAGAAAGCCAGCGGCACAGCGGUGGAUGACAAUAAGUUGAAUGGCAAUGAGACUCUCUCACAGCCCAGCAUGGCAGUAGGGCUAACUGAAGAACGUAUGAGCAGCGUGAACAAUGACGUUGAUGUGGACGUGGCAUGCGCGGCAGAUGUUAAGACAACCAAAGGUUCGACGACAUGCAAGAACGACUCCGCAUCGCAGUCCUCUGCACCUCACUCUGAGACGACAGUGAGCUCAUCUCCUGACAGUGGAGUUGUGAAUGAAGCAAGCCCUGUGUUGGUGGAGAGCAGUGAAGCGAGUGGUUUGGCGGCCCCAGUUCAGAGCCACAGAGGAGACGUGCACGAGACCACGGCCUCCUCACAGACACCGGCAGACUCUCAGGCUCACGGCGAUGGAGUUCUAUCCAAGACCAGCAUUGUGAAGCCAGUCCCUGAAGAACCACUAGAAAACGGGCCAAAGGAAGAACACCAACCAGAAAAACAAAGGUGCCUGGACAAAGAUGUGUUGGAAGCCGCAACGAUUCCAGUCACUUGUGACAGUGUGGCAAACGGACCUGUGUGAUUUUUAGUGUACAUGUAAUACUCGGUUCGAAUCCUGGACAUGUCUGUAGUUAUCUGUGAUCACAUGGCAGCUGUGUACAAACACGUCCUGUGCAUUUAUACAACAGGCAAACAACACAGUCUGGCGCAUAAUUCAGAGUUGCUAUGCUCCUGCCAUUUAGAAUGGUGGAACAAUGCGACGUGAGCCCCUGUCCAAUUUUGUUUGAGUGUUUGUGUGUUUGUAUGUUCCCAUUGACGUGAGUGUGUGAAUGAAUACAAUCGCAAUACACAGGGAGGGGUAGAAUAGGGCAGGACGGUCAGAAUGGGGAAACAGGCUGAGAGGGGUGUCCUUGGUUAUGUAAAGUAUUCCAUAUAAUAAAAUUACUCACUGUUAUUAAAUAAUUUGAGGUACCUUUUCACUAGUAUUCCGCUUGUUAUGCUUUUCAGAAUAGCAGUCUGUUUGUGUGCACAAUCAGUGUGUUAAUAGAACAUACAGUAGCUGAUGUCAAAUGGAGAUUUCAUGUGAUAAAUGUAUGGCAUUUAGAGCCCUGACGUAGCAUUUCCAAAGGGAGGUUUAAAACAAAACAGCCUUAUACAGAUUUAUUUCCACUGCAAAUUCUCUUAUGGGUCUUCCAACCUCAGGAUUGUUUUUUUUUCAAUUCCAUACUAUGAAAAUUGUGCCAAAAUAAUUAUUUUUCAACCAAAAUCCACCCCAUACCCCCACCACUUAUCCCUGUCCCCAAAAAUAAGGCUUAAAGCCCCAUACCCAAAUGAUGUCUGAAGUCCUGGGUUAAGUAUGUGAAAUGGUACCUUGAUUCAUCAAAUGUAAAUAAAUUACACCAGUAUUUCUCCAAGCACAUAAAUCUUAUCAUUAUGCCUGUCUUGCAAAGGUAAUAAUCUACCAAAGGUUUAAGUUGUGAAGAAAACAUACAAUAUGAUGUCCUAUCUUCCAAAAGUACAUGUAGUUGUUUUAAUAGCAGUCUUUGAGACAAUGAUAUUAAGAAAGCUAAUUAAUAUUUAGAGUGUUUUGUCUUCUUGACUGAUGUCAUCAUCAAGUGAACCUGUGUGUUUUCUUUGUUAUAAACAUGAAAUUACAAAAGUUCAAUACAUCUCUUAAAUGUUUAUGCAAGUCCCAUGAAAUUAUGAUAAAAAAAGUAUACCGGUAAUUGAUUUAAUAAUAAUUUUGUAUUUUAAAAUGUUCAAGGCGACCAAAUGAAUGAUCUUAUUCUGGGUAGGUCAUCAUCAUCAAAAGAAAAUUAAAAAUGAUUAUUUUUGUUUUGAUGAUUUUUAUAUGUUUGUUCCUCUAUUCAUGUGCAGUACACAUGUAAGAUAAUAAUAACAAUAAACAAAUGUUUAAAAAAGUUCAGUAAAAUACUGUUUAAUUUAGGGUCAAUUGUCCAAAAAGAAUUGGUAAUUACUUCCAUUGUAAAAUAAUAAUUAUGUUUUCCAAAGUUAAUUGCUUAGCCAGCUCAUAUAUACAAAUACAAAACCUGAAGCAUUAUUACCUACCACAAAAAACAAACAUACUCGCAUGCACAUUUCAUGUAUCAUUUUAUUUUGUACUUGCCAAAUAUUUCACCUGACAGCAAUGUCAGAAAUGUUUUUGUAACUCAGACUACAUGCACGCUUAGAUUACAGGUAAUUCUGAAAUGAGAAUUUUUGACAACAUUUACAGGGACUUCAUUUCAGUUCUUUUCCAAUUCUACAAAAGCACUAACAAAUUAAGUCUCAAAUUUAAAUAUUAACCACUGAGAAAGCUCAUAGCCUCGAAAAAAUGUCAUUCCCAUUGGUUAAUAAUAUUAAAUAUUGAGACUUAAGAUUAAACUUAAGAAUAUCAGACUUAAAUAAAGCUUGAAGUAAAUUAAAUGGACCCUCAUGAUUGUACCCACUUAAAUGUAUAUACCCCACAACUUCAGUUAAGUUUAUAUACGUUAGAUAUAUACAUUGAAUCUAAAAUUGGUGCCAAAUGGAAGCCCAAUCAAAAUCUGAAAUUUUAAUAGAAAUAAUAAACCAGUAGUAUAUAAAGAUAAGCAUUAUCAAUAGCCCUUGUAGAUUUAAAAAAAAGGUCAUUUUAAACGGGUAAAAUUUUAAUUUUUAUGAAAUCAUACCGGAAGUGUCAUUAGGCAACCUAUUUUGGGGUUGGCCUGAUUAGACAAUAGCAACUUAGUGCACUUCAACUCCUUUGCAUUCAACACCUUUUACAAUGUUUGUUUUUACCCUUCUUGUGUUGGUGCUUGAAGCAUUCAUUGCCCAAAAAGCUUCAGGAUUUGAAAGAUAACAAGUGAUAUAGGUUUUAAAACACCCCAUGUGCUUGACAUAACUAUGAAUACCGUCUAGUACUGUAAUAGGACAAUUGCGUUACGUGAAAAUAUUGUUAUCUACUGUUUUAUUGUUAUAGUCUAUAUUUUCAUGUUCUUUGUAAUUAAACCCAUGAUAUGAUGUAUUUUAACAAUGAUGUUGGUUGCAAGUAAAUGUGUUUCAUUGGGGAUCAGCUCCUGUUCAUGGACAAUAGAAAAAGGUGUAUUUAUUAUGUCUUAAGAUAAAUUUUUGUAAAGCCUAUAUUUUAUGUAAAACUAAUGAUGCUGUAUAAUAGUGUUACAAAUGUAGUUUGUCUCAUUGAUAGAUUUCCAUGUACAAAUGAACAUUUACAAUGAAACCGAACGAUAAAUGAUUGAUAAAUCAA